AUGAGCGGGUCGAUCAAAGCUAUCGACACCGACUCUGUCCAUCGGAUACAUUCCGGUCAAGUAGUCCUUGACCUCCAAGGAGCUAUCAAGGAAUUGGUAGAGAAUAGUCUUGAUGCUGGUGCGACUGCAAUAGAUGUCCGGAUAAAAGAUAAUGGUCUGGAUAGCGUGGAGAUCUCAGAUAAUGGAUCAGGAAUAGCAGAGGCCGACUGGGUAUCUAUAGGUCUGAAGCAUCAUACAUCAAAAUUACCUUCUUUAUCCGAUUUGUACAAAGUGACAACAUUCGGAUUCCGAGGUGAAGCUUUAUCAGCGUUAUGUGCUUUAUGCGAUAGUGUAACCGUCAUUACGUCCACCAAGGAGACUGCUCCUAUGGGGGCUAUCAUCAAGCUAGGCAGAGAUGGGACAGUUGUAGAUUCAUCAGGAAAAGUAGCAAGACCACGCGGAACUACCAUCACCCUCACUGGACUUUUCGCUCCCCUUCCUGUCAGACGGAAAGAGUUCGAAAGGACUGUUAAAAGGGAGUUGACAAAAGCACUUACGCUCCUUACUGCUUAUGCGCUGGUACCGGCCAGUGUAUCAUUGUCAGAUGGCAGGAAUGGAGUGAGAUUAAGAGUCGAAACGAUAGGUGCGGGGAAGUCAGGUAAACGCAAUGUCCAGCUUUCGACAGACGGAAGAGGAUCCCUCAGAGCGUCCGUCGGUUCCGUGUGGGGACAUAAAGCUCUAGAAGGUGUACAGGAAAUCAAUCUCGAACUGGACGUUGAAAUCGAUAGAGUCAUGGCUAGAAGAGAAGGAAUAUCAGAAACGAAUCAAACUAUCAAGGUCACCGGAUUGAUAUCUUCCGCUCAAUGGGGACAAGGUAGAUCAAGUGCAGACAGACAAUUUUAUUUUAUCAAUGGGAGACCAUGUAAUCUUACUAGUGUGGCCAGAGCGAUUAACGAAGUCUACAAAUCAUUUAAUACCCAUCAAGUACCCCUAGCCAUAUUAGAUUUCCAAAUCCCACCUCAAAGCGUCGAUAUCAACGUCAGUCCGGAUAAGAGGACAAUCUUCGUGCAUAGUGAAGAUAAAUUGAUUGAAGCGCUGAAAAUCGCAUUGGAUGAGUAUUUCCGACCCUCUCGAUCGACUUUCGCUCUGGGAGGUGCUACUCAGACGGUCAAGACCAUUCGACAGACUCAAUCGCAAUUGACCCAGUUUGGCAAAAGUGCCGUAUCAGCGGAUGAUGAAGAAGCGGACGAAAGCGAUGAUGGUGAUGAUGGUGAUGAUGAGAAUCUGGAGCAAAAGGGAGAUGACGACGACGAUGAGCUGGAUGGGAAUAGCGUCAAUGACGAUCAAGGGGAAGAAGGUGAAGAUGAUGAACAAGCGAUAGCAAUGGAGGUUGAUGAUCAGUCAGAACAAGGAGAAGACGAAAAAGAAGAAGUGCGACUUCCGACAAUCUGCAAACGUAGAUCAUCACCCAUCAUUCAGAUCGAUACUGAUUCAGAGGGUGAGCCAGAAUUGUCCCAACCAUCAAGAAGAUCUUCACAGCGUCGCGCCGUCCCUUCAUCUCCUGCCUUAAUACCGAAACGGGUAGUUCAACAAACUCUCAAUACGUCCAAAGCGUCUUGGUCGCCCAAUAGUAAGUCUCGUUCUGGUUCUCGGUCGGCUCGUGCGGGACCUGGACCCAGUACGAGAGAAGCUAGGAUGGAUUUGAGAAAGAAGCUGGAAGCCUAUGCUAGUCAGAGCGGGAAGGUUGUUAGGGACGAUAGCGAAGAAGAGACCGAAGAACGUCAAGAGGAGCCAGAGGGUCAGGUGGAUGAAGAGGCUGAUGUGAUGGACAUUGACGAGGAUGAACAACAAGAAGACUUGGCAGAAGGUGAAGAUCAUGAUAAUGAUCAUGAAUUUCACCGUGCCAACGGAAAAGAUGCAGACAUUGAAGACGCCAACGACACCGACAUUGCUCUCAAGAGAGGUCGAGCACCUGAUGAACCUCUUUUUGAGGAUGAUCGCGACACUUCACCUCUAAAUGGGGAAGAAUCAACGGAAAGCGAAGAAACACCUAUACCCAUAUCAGUUGACGAGCUGGAAGAGAAACGACCUUUGACGAGACGUCAAUCGAGCAGUUAUCGAGAUGAAAUCAGUACAACAGGUAUACAAGGUGAAAUGAAAUUAUCUUUCAAUCUCGAACGACUAAAAGCGAGAUAUGACUUGAAGAAACAACGUGAAUCUGCUCAUCACAGGGUUAGUGGUGUGAAAGAUGCUUUUAGUAUGAUCAAGGAAGGUGGAAUAUCCGAUGCGGCAGGUAUAUCCAACAAGAACAUGCAACUUGCCGAAGAAGCUUUAUCGAGAGUGAUUUCAAAAGAUGAUUUUACAAAGAUGGAAGUGUUAGGUCAAUUUAACAAAGGUUUUAUCAUUGCUAGAUUACGACAUACCCCUGAUGAUCUCGAAACGCAGGAAAACGGGACGGGAACGGGAACGGAUGAUUUGUUUAUUAUUGAUCAACAUGCUUCAGAUGAGAAAUAUAAUUUUGAAACGUUGCAACGAACGACGGUUAUCAAAGGACAAGCGUUGAUCAAACCUAGGCCAUUACAACUCACUGCGAGUGACGAGAUUGUCGCCAUGGAGAAUUUAGAUAUCUUAUCCAAGAAUGGAUUUGAUGUCAAAGUGGAUGAAGAUGCUUUACCAGGUAAAGGAGAGAGGAUCAACCUGGUCGCUAUGCCUGUAAGCAAAGAGACGACAUUUGAUAUUAAAGAUCUCGAACAAUUACUUCACAUGUUAAGUGAUAGUUCGAGAACUCACGGUCAGAUGGUUAGAUGUACCAAGGCUAGAUCGAUGUUCGCCAUGAGAGCUUGUAGGAAGAGUGUGAUGAUUGGGAAAAGUCUCAACAAAACACAAAUGGUUAAUUUACUUAGAAAUAUGGGUACGAUCGAUCAACCUUGGAAUUGUCCACAUGGUAGACCAACAAUGAGACAUCUAAUCAAAAUUGAUCAACCUACCAAAUCACGUUCUGGGAAAGAUAAAAUAGAUUGGUCGAAAUGGAAGAAGUCCCAAGGUAUUUAG